UUUUUUUUUAAGCUUUUCUUUUCAUCUUUCCAUUUUCUUUAUUAUCAUAAUGUUCAACAAACUCAUUCUUGCUGCUACCACCUUACUUGCCAGUUCCUUUGUUGCUGAUGCUUCUAUGGCUCCUUCCUAUCCUUCUCCAGGCACUGUCUGGAAAGCUGGUCAACAAUAUGACAUCCUUUGGGCUGAUGAUUCUACUUCUCCAAGCAUUGCUUCUGGUUGGAAAGACUUCAAAAUCGAUUUUAUGACCGGUGAUAAUAAUAACCAAAUCUUCAUCACCAAUGUUGCUUCCAAUUUGGAUGGUACCAAGAUCUCCAAAUACACCUGGACUGCUCCUGAAGUGAACCCCAAUUCAGCCAUUUACUUCUUCAUGUUCACUAAUACUGCUGGUAACUCUGCCUGGACUACUCGUUUCGGUAUCAGUGGUCCUAAUGGUGAACUCACUCCUCCUGAACAUGCCACUCAACCUACUGGUGAAAAGAUCCCUUGGGGUGUUGGUGCAUUGGCUUCUGGUAACUCUACCUCCAGUGCUAGUAAUUCUACUCAAUCUUCUAUUGCUAGCAGUGCAUCUGCCAGUGUGAGUGUGUCUGCAUCAUCCUCUCCCGUUUCUGCUUCUUCAUCUCCUUCUGCUUCUGCUUCUCCUGCAGCCGCUUCUUCAUCUGGUACCUCCACUGCUGCUGCUGCUUCUAAUAAACCUUCCAAUGCUGCUGGUUCUCUUACUCGUCCUUUGGCUGGUGUUGCUAUGGCUGCUGCUGCUGCAUGUAUGUUGAUUUAGAUUCAUUAUCAUCAUCACUAUUAUCAUCAUCACCAUUUUUUUAUUUAUACUCCAUAACCUUUAUGAUCACCCCUCUUUUUUUUCCUUAUUCAAGUUUAUAAUGUGUUUUGUACUUUAUAUUUCUAUUUCCUCCUUAUUCUAACUGUGCUCUCUCUCUCUCUCUAAUAAAAGUAAAGGAAGUAUACUUGAUUUGGUUGUUUUUAGUACGAGAAAUAUUUCCUUUUUUUUUUUUUA